CACCCGUAGCCGAGCGUGGCACCCGUUAUGUGGUGCUCUUGUUUAAAUAUAUUUUUAUGCCAUUAGCCACCUCCUCAAUAAAUAAGUGUUUUUAUGCCCACGGAUCGAAUUAUCGGGGGUAUAUAGUUUUUGGCCUGUCUGUCUGUCAUUGUAUGUGUGUGUUUGUCUGCCCCGAAACUUUAACCUUGGUAAUAACUAUUGCAAUAUUGAAGAUAGCAACUUGAUAUUUGGCAUGCGUGUGUAUCUCAUGGAGUUGCACAUUUUAAAUGGUGAAAGGUCAAGGUUAUCCUUCAAGGUCAAAUGUUUUUUUUUCUAAAAUAGCUGCCGUGCGGCUAUAAAGCAGCGCAGUAGGGGGCAUUGUGUUUCACAAACACAGCUCUUGUUUUUCUUUUCUGUAGUGGUGCAUUUUAUUGCCUCUGUUUCAGGACGGAAUGGCUUUCUAGCACGUGUAUGUUGGACUUUUGAUAGCGUUUGCUUAAAAAUACAAUGGCGAGCCUUGCAGACGUUCUCUCCGAGCAAGAAAUGACAAACUGGCUAAAAGCGUGGCUGGCAAUCAAUAUCACAAAGACAGGAUUGCGCGAUUUUGUUGACAAGGAAGUUAAAAGCUUUCAGACAAGUACCAUACAAUCGGUGGCGUUUAAUUUAAGGCUUCCAGCGAUUACAACAUGCACUUGUUGCCUUACUGCGAAUCUUUUGAAAUGCCCCACAAACAAAUUGUGCAAUAAGAGGAAACACAACGCCGUUUGCAAGAUGCAUGACACAGUAAGCAAACAACCACGACGAUGUCCAAACGGGAUAUGCGAUGCAGUUCGUGAGGAAAUUAUCAAGGCACAUAGAUACCAUAGUCCGUCGUGGAAUAAUACCUCUGCCGAACAAUGGGCGAGUAAUCAUUGGGAAUUAGCAAAAUGUUAUAUGCCACCAGAUGGGUAUAUAGCAGUGAGUACUUUCGAAGAAACAGAUUUCAACGGCGUCAUCAGUAUUAUUUUGAAUUGUGCAAUCUUUGAUGGCCAGUUUUCCUUCAGCAUAGCACCUCAACAUCCAAGUCCUUGCUGUCUGUUGUCAAAGACACGUGCCAUAGGUAAAGCUGUCCGGCAUUCUUCUGAUUGUAAAGUGACGAGCGAUGACCUCUGCGACUAUUUGUUAACAUUGAUCACUUUACUCAGUGAUUCAAAAGUUCUUGUACUUGACCACAGUGCACAAGACGCAGUCAGAAAAUUAACACAGUUACAAACAGAAGGUUUAAACAUUUCUGUAGCGGGCGUUGGUCAAUUGCUAAACGACGCACGCGAGUCAUUGAAACAGGCAAAACAGUUGUCGGAGGAGUCAAAGACUAAACUGGAAACUUACAUGCAAGAAUAUAUAACGAAACUUGAUAAACGUGUACACAAUCUGCAAGAAAAAUCGGAAAAGGACUUUAGGGAACGGACACAAACAUGCACAGAAAAUUGUAAAAGAGAAUUAAGCAAACAUUUAAAGAAUUCAGUUAUUUCAACACAGAAAACCCAGCCAUUGAUGAACGAAUGCGGAGUCGAACAAAACAUAGAAGAAUUUCGCCAACGGUUGAUAAAUUAUUACACAAAAAAUGUGACGCACAUAUCUUUAUCAUCACUGAUGCCCAGUCAUGUAAAAUCGUUCGUGGAAAUAUAUGCUGCACCUAAAAUAUGCCGAAUUGAAACAGAGAAGGACGGAACGAGAAAGAAAACGGAAUGGAUAAAAACGUACAAAGGCAUUUUUCACUCGGUUCAGACGACUGGGAAGCACAUAAUUUUACAAGGUGAGCCUGGGAAAGGAAAAUCCACAUUUUCAUCCAAAUUGGUCGUUGAUUGGUGCAAUGCAUGUAAUUGUGCACCACAGAGAACUGAACAGGAAUCUACGUUUGGCGAUGCAGAAUCCCUGCGUGAGUUUAGGUUUGUUUUUCAUGUUGCAUUACGAGAGUCGAGAAAGCAACGCAAAGUAGUAGAGAUGAUUAAAAAACAAAUCAUUGACAUGCUAUACGAUGAUGACCAUGACGUUGAGAAAGCAUACAAACUUUUGCUAACCAUUUUGACAAAAGAAGCGUGCCUUGUUGUUGAAGAUGGUCUGGACGAAUGGUCUGAUCCUGACGGGAAACUUCCAUUACCCAUAUUAGUGGCUCCAUGUGUUGUGUUUAUCACUACACGACCAUGGAAAAUGUGUGACGAAUUAUUAAAAACAUCCCUUGUGGAUUGUCUGCUGGAAAUAAAAGGGGUUAUUGAUCCAUUUGUGCUUAGUAAAUCUGUACUGGAAUGUCUCAUUGAUACAAAUCUGGAUGAAAAAUAUGACACAUUUAGAUCUUAUAUUUUUGCAAACGAACUAACCGAGUUGAUAAAAACACCAUUGCUUCUAACACUCAUUGUUUGCCUUUGGGUGGAAAAUUCAUUUUUGGCAGGAUCAGCAUGUGAAAUAUAUAGCCUCCUACUCGAUAGUCUUCUUAAAAAAUCCAACAGUGAGAUCGCAUAUUUCCAUUCCCCUAAGUUUAGGUGUUUCAAAAAUACCAAAUACCUGAAAACUAAUAUCGGGUUUAUCAAAUCUUUAUCAAAAGCAGCCUUUCAUUUAUUGUUCUCUGAAUUAAAGGAAAAUACAUUAGUAUUUAAUGACAUCGAGUUGUCAAAGUAUUUGACAAAAUUUGAAAAGAUGCUUGCACUUAGGACAGGUAUUCUUACGGAAAAAAAGCUGUCAACACUGUCUUAUAGACCGUCCACGUGUUCUUUCAUCCACAAAAGUGUUCAGGAGUUUCUUGCCGCACUCCAUAUCGCCAGUAAUGAAGAUCUGGUUGACAGUGACAUACUUCAGCAAUUCAAUAAUGGCCAAAUACAAUUGAUGGAAAUAAGUCAAGUAUUUAAAUUUACAUGUGGACUCAGCAUCACUGCUGCAAAUAGACUUUCUCGUGCAUUUAAAAUAUAUGCUGAUCAUGCCAUGAUGAAUCGCAAUUUAUUGGACAGUUAUAGUGGACAAAGUCUUCAAGAACUCAUUAUAACAGGUUAUAAAGAGGCGAAGGCCAACAAUGUCCCUGGUGAAGAAAUACAUCUUCAACUGAAUAACUUUUAUUCUAAUUUCGAAGAACGUGACACUGACACCUUAAAUUGUAUUGUUUUGAAGAAUUUGUCAAACAUCCAGUCUUUGGAAUUCACAUCGAAUUAUUUUUUUUUCUGAAUCAUUUCAACACAUCUUGACAUCAUGUUCAAGUUGUACGCCACUUCCUUCAAAUACAGUAAGUGAUCGUUAUGCACAGCAAGAAAUAACAUUAGGUUGCAGAUGCGAAGAAGUACCAUGUUCUGCGUUCGACAGUCUUAAGUUAAUUGUUAUACAAACAAGUGGGGCAUUGAUACCAAUCAUUGAAUUACGUGGUCUUCCAAACUUGGAGAGCAUUAAUUUAGAAUGCCAAUGUACUGAAAUGUCUCGAACAUUUAGUGAAAAACGCAAUAUGCAUGUUGCAUUUUUACCAAAUGCAUUACGUGGUCUUCCUAAACUGGAGAAAAUAAGAUUAGGAUGCAAUUGUGAUGGGCUUGACUUGUCCGCUUGUAACAUGCUAAGGGAAAUUGAACUCGAUAAGCAUGUGACAUUGUUACCAAAUGCAUUACGUGGUCUUCGGAACCUGGAGAGCAUUAUUUUGAAAUGCAAAUGUGACGGACUGGACCUGUCUGGGUGUAACAGUCUUAGGAAAAUUAAAGUGGGUUAUAAAUUGAUAUUAUUUGAAAAAAACGAUGAACGUGUGAAAUUGUUACCAGAUGCACUACUUUGUCUUCCUUACCUGGAGAGCAUUGAGUUAAAUUGUAAAUGUGAUGGACUUGACUUGUCUGCUUGUAAAAGUCUGAAAAAUAUUAAACUCGGUAAAAAGGUGAUAUUAUUACCAAAUGCAUUAUGUGGUUUACCAGAGCUGGAAGAAAUUAACUUAAAAUGCGAAUGUGAUGGACUAGAUUUGUUCGCGUGUAACCGUCUGAGGACAGUAGAACUAGGUAAAGUGUGUUUAUAUAGAAGCUCGAUGUAUAUUAAUAAAGAUGAUGAACCUGUUAGAUUGCUACCAAAUGCAUUACGUGGUCUUCCUAAACUUGAAAACAUUACCUUAGGAUGCACUUGUGAUGGACUUGACUUGUCCGAAUGUAAUAGUCUUAGGGUAAUUAAAGUCGGUAAACAUGUAACAUUUUUACCAAAUACAUUACGUUGUCUUCCUAGACUAGAAGACAUUACCUUAGGGUGCAUUUGUAAUGGACAGGACUUGUUCGCUUGUAACAGUAUUAGGAAAAUUACACUCCUUGAGCAUGCUAUAUUGUUACCAAAUGCAUUACGUGGCUUACCUAACCUGUUCUGGAUUGAUAUAUAUUGCAAAUGUGAAGGACUGGACCUGUCCGCAUGUAACAAUCUUGAGAUUAUUUGCCUCCAUGAACAUGUGACGUUGUUACCAAAUGCAUUAUGUGGUCUUCAAAAAGUGAAGUACAUAUACUUACAAUGCGUUUGUGAUGGACUUAACUUGUCCGCGUGUAACAGUUUGAGUGAAAUUGAACUCGGUGGGCAUGUAACAUUGUUACCAAAUGCAUUACUUAGUCUUCCGAAUCUGGAAAAAAUUGUGUUAAAAUGCGUAUGUGAUGGACUGGACCUGUCCGCAUGUGAAAGGCUUUGUAAAGUUGCACUCGGUGAACAUGUGACAUUGAUACCAAAUGCAUUACGUGGUCUUCCUAAAUUAGAAGUCAUUACAUUAGAAUGCAGAUGUGAUGGACUGGACUUGUCCGCUUGUUACAGUGUACGGAAUAUCGAACUAGGUGAACAGGUGACAUUGCUACCAAAUGCAUUACGUGGUCUUCUUAACCUGGGGGAAAUAUAUUUAAAAUGCAAGUGUAAUGGACUGGAUUUGUCCGCUUGUAACAGUCCUGAGAUUAUUGAAAUAGGCGAACAGGUGUCAUUGUUACCAAAUACAUUACCUGGUCUUCCAGACCUGAGGAAAAUAUAUUUAAAAUGCAAGUGUGAGGGACUGGAUUUGUCCGCUUGUAACAGUCUUCAGAUAAUUGAGCUAGGUGAACAGGUGACAUUGUUACUAAAUACAUUACGUUGUCUUCCAGUCUUGGAGAAAAUACAUUUAAAGUGCAAGUUUGAUGGGUUGGACUUAUCCGCUUGUAAUAGUCUUCGGAUGAUUGAACUAGGUGAAGAGGUGACAUUAUUACCAAAUGCAUUACGUGGGCUUCCUAAUCUGAAGGACAUUAAAUUAAAAUGCAAAUGUGAUGAACUGGACUUGUCCGCGUGUAACAAAAUCAGGAUGAUUGUACUAGGUGAACAGGUGACAUUAUUACCAAAUGCUUUACGUGGUCUUCCCGACCUGGAGGAACUAUAUUUAAAAUGCAAGUGUGAAGGGCUGGACUUGUCCGCUUGUAACAGGCUAUGGAUGAUUGAACUAGGUGAACAGGUGGCAUUGUUACCAAAUACAAUACGUGGUCUUCCUUACCUUGGGGUAAUAGAUUUAAAAUGCAUGUGUGAUGGGCUGGACUUGUCCGAUUGUAACAGUCUUUAUAGGAUUGUACUAGGUGAACAUGUGACACUGUUACCAAAUGCAUUACGUGGUCUUCCUAAACUGAAGGAGAUUAAAUUAAAAUGCAAAUGUGAUGGACUGGACUUGUCCGCGUGUACCAAAAGCAGGAUGAUUGAACUAGGUGAACAGGUGACAUUAUUACCAAAUGCAUUACGUGGUCUUCCAGACCUGGAGGUAAUAUAUUUAAAAUGUAAAUGUGUCGGGCUGGAUUUAACUGCUUGCAAAAGUCUUUUGAUGAUUGAACUAGGUGAGCAGGUGACAUUGUUACCGAAUACAUUACGUGGUCUUUCAAACCUUGCGGAAAUAAAUUUAAAAUGCAUGUGUGAUGGGCUUGACUUGUCCGCUUGUAACCGUCUAUGGAGGAUUGAACUAGGCGAACAGGUGACAUUGCUACCAAAUACAUUAAUUGGUCUUCCAGACCUGAAGGAAAUAAUUUUAAAAUGCAAGUGUGACGGGCUGGAUUUAUCCGAUUGUAACAGUCUCCGGACGAUUGAACUAGGUGAACAGGUGACAUUGUUACCAAAUACAUUACGUGGUCUUCCAAACCUGGAGAAAAUAUACUAAAAUAAAAAUGUGAGAGACUGGACAAGUCCGCGUUGAACUGUUAUAUGAUAAUUGAAUUAGGUAAUCAUGCGACAUUGUUACCGAAUGGUCUUUCUUAGGUGAAGAAAGUCAACUUAAAAUGCAAAUGUGAUGGAGUAGAUAUUUCCGUGGCCAACAUAAUGAAGAAAAUGGAACUUGGUCAACAUGUUUACAUUGUCACCAAAUGCAUUAUAUGGCCUCCCUAAGCUUCAGGAAAUUAAAAUCAAAUGCAAAAACGUUGGACUGCACGUGCCAUAUUAAGCUUGAGGACAUUAAUUUACGAUGCACAUUUGAUGACCUGCCCAUGCAACAGUCAUUACAAUAUUGAACUAGGUGAACAUGUGACAUUGUUACCCAAGGCAUAAAGUGUGGUCAUCCGAAGCUGGAAAAAUAAAUAAAAUGUGGACUCAACUUGUCCGCGGUCAACAGUCAUUUAACAAGAUGAUAAAACAAAUUUCACAUUGUGAAUCAAAUGCAAUGUAACCUUAAAUGUCAUUUAGAUGGACUAGAUGUAUCUGCGUGCGACUGUUGCCGGAAUAUUGAACUCGGUGAACGUGUGACAUUGUUACCAAAUGCAUUACGUGGUCUUCUCAAGCUUGUUAUAAAUGACGUAAAAUGCAAAUGUAACUUGAUUUGUCUAAGAAUAAUAGUCUGAGUGUUAUUAACGCGAUGAAGUGUGAACUUGUUACCAAUUGCAUUACGGGUGUCAGAGGCUAAGUUAUGUUUACCAGGUGACUAAUACUAACUAUGUGAUUGUAUGACCUGGAAAGUAUUUCAUUAGGCUGCAAAUUAUUGACAAGUCUUUGUUUCAUACUCUUAAGAACAUCUAUCUGAAUUAACAGGUUUGAUCGAUACCAAACUUAUUACUUGGCCUUGAUUGCAUUACAGUUAUUUUCUUAGGCAGCAAUAUUACAAACUAAACAUGAUUUCGUUUCACAAUUUCAACAAUAUUGAUCAUGUUGACAAGUUAACAUUGAUACAAAACUCACUGCGUGAGGUUUAUAACCUGGACAACAUAUAAAUCCCUUUCAAAAGUACUUGAAUUUACUUCUCUUCAUGUCAGAAAGUGCAGAAAAUUUAUCUAGCUGAGAGCUUAAAUUUAUAUCCCAUUAAUUGCAUGAUCUUAUGCACGAAUUCAUUUUAUAUAGCUGUAAGUAUGAUAAUCUUAACUUAUCUUCGUUUACAAGCGUAAGCCUGUGCAAACAAGUCAAAUUUAUUACCACUUUCUCUCUGUAGUAUUUUAAUGUGUUCACAAAAUGCAACUAUGCAAAUAUUUUCACCUGGGCUUGUAAUCGUAUCCUAAUCUUAAGCAAACAUUUCUUAGAAGAUUCACAAAGUUCAUAACACUUCCAAUAACAUCUUCCUCACUUGGAACAUUUUUAUUCAGUUUAUUAAACUGCAAAUAGUAUAAACUAGACCUAUAGUCAAUCUGAACUAUAUUAUUUGAAUUGCAAAUGUGAAGUAUUUGAUCCUGUCAUUGUGUGAUGACAAAUAAAACAUUUCUAGAUGAACAAUUGCAGUUGACCUCAAACAAACAAAACGAUGACGUGAGUAGAUUGAGUAUGACGUGUUAUUAUAAUGGCAACAAUGAUCGUAAAUACAAUAGAAGUGAUGUCAUUUUGAUUAUUAAGUAUCGUGCUAAGUCUAUAAAUUUGUAUACAUAAAUUGUUGUUAUAUUUGCAAACAUUUGUGUUCAUUAACAUUCGGGUUUGUUACAACAUGAUGAAAAUAACUAUGAGAUCUUAGAACGGUUUAGGAUUUGCUUUUUGUUGUUGUUUUUAAACUCAAAUAGCAGAUGAAAGAGAUGUACCCUGCUACGAUAUUUCUGCUUGCUAUUCAAAUGUUAUUUUUGUUUUAUGUGCCAUAUAGUAGAUAUGUAUCAUUGCUUUGCAUCAAGUUUAACUCAUGUUGGUUGCCCAUCUAUUACUAUCGGUAAUAGUUGUUGUUGACACUUCGUGCUCGCUUUGCAAUAAUGCAUAUUAUAUAUGAACUUCAAUUUAGCCAGAGAGAAACCAAUUAAUGGUUUCAUGGCAGUGAAUGCAUGCUUGCAAGUACUUUAAGGUUGUUUUAAUUACAGAUCGUGAACAUAUUACAUAGUUGAUUGGUGUUGGAUUUUGUGUUGGGUGAGAGAAAGCCCAUUAUCAGAAAUAUGUAAUGUCCGCAUAUCCGUAAAUGCCAUUAACAGAUGAAAUUGACCCGUUCAAGUUGAUCAUUCUGAACUUACCUUUAUGUUACGGUACAUAUAUUUAAGAGAACUACACACAUUCGUGAUGCGUAUCAUUUCUUUUUAAUAUUAUAUUUUAACAUAUGUAAAACACAUUCAUAAAAUGUGUAAAGGUAUUUUAACUGGUACUUGAUCAAUUAUUUGUUAUGUUGAGGAAGUAGUUAGUUCACAACAUGUCCAUUUUAUGCUUUUAGUUGUUCAUAUAUCUUUAUAAUAAAAUUUGUGUAAAACAUGUUCAAAUUUAUUUUUUAUUAUAUUUAUCAGAAAGAUCAAUUAUGUUUGUAUUGUUAAACACAUUUAGAAUAAAUACUUUAUUUAAAUA